UUGUUGUAGAUAUGAUAUGUACCUCACGAUAGUGUGAUACACGUCAGUGUGUCUCAUGGUGGUGUGUCUCAUAGUAGUGUGUCUCAUGGUGGUGUGCUAACGUGUCGUGUGUUGUUCCUGACAGGUCACAAGGUAUUCAGCAUGAACUGGUAUGUGUACCUCACGAUAUGGUUUACCUUAGGUGUCGUCUACUACCUGUACAGGUACGAAGGCACUUCUGUCUACGUGUUGGCCAGGCAGCUACUACAAACGAACUUAGGCUGCAACUACCCACGAUGUCUAAAUGAUUUUGACCAGAGAGAGUUUGAGAUUGACGUUAAUAAUCAGGAGGAUGUUUGUCUACUGGUUACAGUGUUCCUCAUGUGUAUCAACAAAAACUGUCACCUGAACAAAAGUGAACUUGACCUUGAGAUGAAAAGUUUAAAGACCUUGCUCACAGCCAAGAAUGUCCACUGCGAUUUUCAUUUUGACCAUUAUAAAUCGGAAUGUAAGCUAACCGAAGAUGAAUGCCUAAAUGAAUAUCACAAGCAGUCUGAAGAUGGGCCCAAGUCUAAAUGCAGACGGGUCCGAGAAUAUCUACAAUGCCGCCUCCAGGGCUGUCCGAUGUCCGUCCACAAUCAGUUAACCUUGGUGGAGGAUCAAGAAAGGGAGUUAAGAAGUGUAGGCCUUAAAUGUGACUACGACAAAUAUAAAUUGCUGACAGCCCCAGAUUGUUCCAGGCCCAACGUGUUUGUGUGUAGGAACAGGGCGUGUGUUCACCAAAGUUUUAGAUGCGACGCUAUAAACGAUUGUGGGGACAACAGCGAUGAAAAAAAUUGCUAUUUCUUCAAACCUUCCCGAUUUUCAACCAAAGGAAAAAAAGAAAAGAAAAGAAACAAGUGAAUUUUAAACAUGGCUACUUUUCGCUCUAUUUAAAAUAAAUUACCUUGUUGUCUUAAAUAUUUUAAAAUUAUUUGACUUUGUUUAAUAAGAAUCAAUCUAAAGGUAUUUAAAUUAUUAAAAAUGUAAUAGCUUUUGUUUUAUA